AUGGACCUACUACACUCAACAGUAAAUAUGGAAGAGGAGUUGGACUCGGAAAUCUCCUCAAUCCGCGCCGAAAUCCGCAACCUCCAACGCCGCCGUCGAUUCCUUGCCUCCAGUAUUCUCUCGUCCGAUAUACUGCAGUCUCGUUUCAAGGCGCAUCAACCACAGCAAGAAGAAGACGAAGAAGAAGAAACAACAACAACAACAGCAGCAGCAACAAGACCAGCCCCCCUCUCAACCCUAAACGAAGACAUCUCCCCGCUGGUCCGCGCCGCAGGCAUACACGCGCAGUCGAACCACCACCGCAUCGCGUUCUCCACAACCACAUUUCCAUUCAAGGAUCCGUCGCCGAAUAACAAUCCGCCCAAUAGCGCAACCGGAAACGCCAAUUUACUCGGGGUGCGCAUUGAUAUCGGUGUCCGGAGCGGCAGAUUCUCCAAGCCAUACUAUCUGCUUCUCCGACGGGUGCGUGUUGACGCGGCAGGCAAGCAGGAGCGAACUCGAGUCCGCGUGCACAGACAUACGAUUCCGGCAUUUAUACCCGUUGAGCGAUUAGAACGGGUCUUCCUGCCCGUGCCUGUGUCUGUACAAGGUGAUGAGGGAGAAGGAGAGAGGCUGAACGAAACGAAGAAAAAGUCGAGCUCCGCGCGAGGGCAGGACUUGCGUGGCUUCGUGCGCGAAGUUCGACGACAGUUAGUUGCGUGGCAUACCAGGAUGGAUGCGGUGAGUUACCUCCGCGAGCAGCUGGGUGUUAUUCGGCGCGGAGUGGAUGAAGAUGAGUACGGGUACGAGGACGAGCACGCAAAUAAGGACGGGCUGUGGGAUCGAGACGUGCUAGGCGAUUCAGGGGCUGGAGAGACUCGAUUGAAGAAAAACGAGCUGGGGAUUGUGGCGCUGGCGCCCACAGCGCUGGAGGCUUCGUAUGUGCGGUUAGAGUGGGAAGAUGGCCGGGUGGGGAGGUUGAAGGUAUCUAAUUCUGGGGUUGUGGAGCGCGCUGUUGUUAUUGGGGAUACUGGGAGGGAUAAGGCGCUGGAGGCUGCGAUCACCACGGGUGAUAGGAAAUUGCUCACCGUUUUGGAUCGGUUGAAG